AUGGCAACAUCGUAUAGCAAUACAAAUAAUGAAGAAUAUCAAUUUGAUGCAUUUGAAGAUGGUUCAUCAAAGUUAGUAGGUGAACAACAGUUAACAAAACUUAAUCAAUUUGCAGUCGAUUAUGCACAACAAAUUUGGAGAAUUGAAGAAGCAUUAGAUGAUACACUCAAUGAAGUUUGGGAUAUUAAUAUUGAUCCAUUAUCAAUUUAUAAUAAACCAUAUGAACAACAAGACUUAAUCGAAUUGGUUAAAACCGAUCAUAAAAUAUUUAAUAAAGUAAUGUUGGUAUUUUCAUCAUUAUGCAACCAAGCAAGAAUUUUAAAAGAAACUGCUGAAUCUAAAUUUUAUCAACCAUUAACAGUUUUUGGUGAAAUUACAGGUGAAUCAUCAGAAGGUGAUGUUCAAAUUGAAGUUGGAAAACUUUUACCAUUUAUGAUUGAUUUAUCAGCAUUUGUUAAUAGAUGUUAUUCAUUAAUUCGUAACAUAAUUAGUCAGUUUGCAUCAAUUUAUCAAAAUCAAAAAAAUAUUCAUACACAAUUUUUCAAAAAUGUCCAUUUACAAACAGUUUAUUAUUCAAUGAUUGAUGUAUUUAGUGUAUUGGUUACUUUGGAUAGUAUUAUUACACAAAAUACAGCUUUAAAUUCAUCAUGGGGCAGAUAUUUAAGAAUGGUUAAAUCAGUUAGACAAGAACCAGGUAAAUAUUCAGUUCAAGAGGAUGAAAAAUUAUGGCAAUUAGAAAAAUUAUUAUUAUCAUUAAAAGGUCAAUUAUUAGAAGGAUUUAUUUUUCAAACAUGUAUUACACAAGAAUUUGAUUUUCCAGGUGUUAUUGAAGUUAAAAGCAAUAAGGUUUUGAAACAAGAGUUUUGCUAUAAUGUUAAAUUAUUAUUUGGGUUAUUAAGCGCUAAAAUUAUGGAUAGUUCAGAAUUAAAUCUACGUGAACGUUUCCCAGGUUUCCUUGGUUUAUAUGUCUUUUAUAUUUCACUCUUUAAAGAUAUCACCGACAAGAGUUUCUUUAAAUUGGUUUGGGAAAUUACAAAACGUGUUCCAAUGGUCUCUAUUUAUGCCAAUGUAUUUUGGUUCUCUGGUGACUUUAUCCAAACUUUACUUCCAGGUAUGAUAAAGAUUGUUGGUAAUCCUAAUAUUAUGGAACUUAGAAAGGAAUAUUUAAAGACUGUUGAUAAAGAAUUUGCACCACGUGUUAAAUCUUAUUACCUUCAAGUUAGCCGUUGGAUGGUUCGUAUGGAAAGUAGUAUAGCUCGUACUAGUCAUUGGGAUGCAUCUCUUUCAAAAGUAAAUCAAAUUAUUCAAGGUGUUGUUUUAUCUUAUCAUAUUAGUCAUCUAUUAAAAACUAUGAUUGGUCUCCACAUGAAUUUAACAGCUCCAUUGAAACCAUCCGAUGUUAGAAAGUUAUUCCAAUGUGCUGAAAUGUUAAAAUCAAUUCAAAAUACUUUUCAUCGUCGUAGUGCUAUGAUUUCUGCCCAUAUCAGUAUGAUGGUACAACAAUUAACCGAUAUUAUAAAUGAAAAACUUAAUGUAGUUCGUGCCAAAUACUCUGGUCGUACAAAUUACUCUGAAAUCGAGCUUGAUGUAAUCGUUGCCCUUUCAUUAGUCUCAGAUUUAUUAUGUGGUGUUGCUACUCCAGAACGUAUCACUGUAAUUAGAUUAUGUUUAAAUGUUAUUUAUCAAUCAAAUGCCCUCAAAGAACAAGAAAUUGAAGAACUUCGUCUCCACAUUAAGCGUUUAGAGUUUAUUUCAGAUCUUGGUUCAAUUAUAAAAAGUAGUUGCGAUUGCUCCAUUCUCUUUUGGUCAAGAGAUCUCUUCCCAACUUAUCUUCAAUUCCUUUAUCAAAAUCCAUCACAAGCUAAAUCACUUCAAUAUACAUUAACUGGUUUAAAAGAUGUCGUUAAUAUCCUCGAAAAAGCAAUUCAUGUAGAUAGCCCAUACACUCAAUUAAUCGAAAUCUAUCGUAACGAAAUGGAAGACAUGAUCGAUAGGCAAAUUAUUCAACCAUUAGGUAAAGAUGUAGAAACUGAUUUGCGUCUUCACAUUCAUGCAUUCUUAAAUAUCGAAGAAAAAGAUCCAUUCAAAACUGGUAUUAAAGAAUUUGGAAAAUUCCUUGAGCUUAAACCUUUACGUUUCUUUGAUCGUACCAUUGAUAUCAAGAGUAGAGUCGGCCAUUAUUUAGAUAGUACUUUUUAUAAUCUCAACACUGUUGCCCUUUUCGAUUGGAAGACUUAUUCAGAAAUGAGAAAUAUGGCAUUCUAUAAAUAUGGUUUAGAGUUAUUAGAAGUUCAUUUACCAGGUGCAACUUUAGAACAAGGUUUAGAUGUUUUAGAAAUUAUGAGAAAUAUUCAUAUUUUCGUUAGUCGUUACAAUUACAAUUUAAAUAAUCAAAUCUUUGUUCAACGUUCAUCAAAUAGUAAAACUUUAAAUACCAUCAAUAUUACUCACAUUUCAAAUUCAAUUCGUACCCAUGGUUCUGGUAUUAUGAACACAACUAUUAACUUUGCCUAUCGUUUCUUGGUACAAAAAUUCAGCAUCUUCUCAGAGUUUUUAUUCGAUGAUCAAAUUAAAUCAAAGCUUUACAAGAAUAUUAAAUACUAUAGAGAAAAUAAGGAAAAAUUAAAUAAUAUGUAUCCAUACGAAUUAGUCACCGAACUCGAAAGAGAUAUUAGACAAUUAGGUAUUUCUGAAGCAGGUUUAAGCUUUUUAGAUCAUUUUAGAUUAUUAAUCACCCAUAUUGGUAAUGCUAUGGGUUAUAUUAGAUUGGUUAGAUCUGGUGGUCUUCAUUAUUGUAGUAAUGCAAUUAAAUUUGUUCCAGAUCUCAAAAACAUACCCAAAUUCGAAGAUUUGGUAUCCAAAGAUCGUUUAUCCAGUGACACUUUAGAUGCCUCAAAGAAUUUAGACUCCAUCCUUCAAAAUCUUUCAAAUAAUCUCUCAGAAGGUACCGAAUACUUUAAGAUGUUGGUACAAGUUUUUGCCACUGAAUUCCGUAAUGUCAAUAAUCAACAUCUUAAAAACUUUUAUAUUAUCGUUCCAGCUUUAGCUUCAAAUUAUAUCGAUCAUAUGAUUAAUUCUAAAGAUAAACUUUUCAAAAAAUCAAAAUCAAUUGGUGCAGAAACCCUUCAAUUUACUGACGAUGGUUUUGCUAUAGGUUUGGCUUAUAUUCUCAAAUUAUUAGAUCAAAAUAAAGACUUUGACUCGCUUCAUUGGUUUGAUCGUAUCGAUAAGAAAUCUGAAGAUGACAGAAAGAGAAUGUUAUCAGAAGCUUAUGCCAAGGGUAUUAAAGAAGAUCAAAAUCAUUUAGCAAUUAAGAAGAUUGAUAAUUACAGACAAGAAUAUGAACUCUUUAAAUACAGUUUCAGUGGAAGUCGUAUUUUCUUUAAAGAUUAA